AAGGCAUGUGUCGCCGUGUCAGUCAAUCAGUCAUAAUUUUAAUUUUGUGCAGUUCAAAUUUCAAUUUGUAAAAUCACAAAUUUGCAAUUUCAACUACAAGUCCUGUUGAAAUGACCUAUACUGAAGAAUAUAUCAAAAAUAAGAUUAUAAAAGAACUCGAAGCAUCUCAUGUGGAAGUUGUAGAUGAAUCUGAUGGAUGUGGUGGAAAGUUUUCAUGUGUUAUAGUUUCGGAAAAAUUUAAAGGAAAACCACUUUUACAAAGACAUAGGCUAGUUAAUUCUGCACUUGAAGAGGAACUGAAGACUAUUCACGCUUUUUCUCAAAAAACUUUCACACCUGAACAGUGGGAACAACAAAAGUGAAAUGUCAAAUGAAACGUCCCAGUCUAGUAGCCAAAGAAGUGCAGAUAUAGUCGUUUCUGCUCCUGGUAAAGUCAUUCUAUUCGGCGAACACUCUGUAGUUUACGGUCGUCUAGCUUUGGCAGCAAGCCUAGGCUUGAGGACCAGAGUUGCAAUUUCAUCCAUAAAUCACCCAAACACCUUGGAAAUCGAGUGCCCUAACCUCACUUCCAAGCUGACAUUCAACUUAGAGACCUUGAACAAGUACCUUUUGAGUCCUACCCUACCCACAUAUCUAGCACCGGCAGAAUUCAGUUGGGAAUCCCCCGAUGUUGUGCAUCAUGAAACCCUUCUGGACAGGGUCACGGAGUUCCUUACGGACGUUUCGAUCUCGAAUACCAGCAACCUGAAACCUUCAGAGAUUGUAACUGUCAAAUCCAUGAUGUAUCUGAUUGCUGGUAUUCUAGGAUCUGUCAAUGUGGAAUUGAAACCAGCUGCCAUUGUGGUUAGCACAGAUUUGGAGAUAGGCGCCGGUACAGGUAGUUCGGCUUCUUUCUUAGUAUCCAUUUCGGCCGCUCUAGUUCAAUACAUCAAACUGAACAAAAGCUCGGGAAACAUUUCGAAAACAGGCUACAGAGAAUGUAACUGGAAUGACAGCGACCCUAAAAGAUUCAGCACCAGAGAGCUGGAUAUCAUCUGCAACUGGGCUUUUUGCGCCGAAAAAAUCGUUCACGGAACUCCUUCAGGCUUGGACAACUCCAUUUGCACUUACGGUUCAAUAGUCGAGUUCCGGAAAGGCUUACAGCCAAAACUACUGGGUAUUGAGUGUCCCUUCAAAAUCCUUCUCAUCAACACCAAGGUUGCUAGGGAAACUAAGGCUCUUGUAGCACAAGUUGCCCAACGCCUUGAGAGGUUCCCCGACUUGGUGAAGAAUAUCUUGAAUGCUAUGGAAGACGUGGCUUACAUUGGCCUUCAGAACAUCAUGAACGUAUCUCGAUCUCACGGCGACUCCAAGGCAACCCGCGACCACUACGACACCCUGGCCACCCUCUGCUCGAUGAACCACCACCUGUUGAGCGCGUUGGGGGUGUCCCACCCUACCCUGGACGACAUCGUAAACACGCUGACGCGUCACGGAUUGCAUGGUAAACUUACCGGGGCAGGGGGUGGGGGGUACGCCAUAGCGUUGUUGCCGCCCCUCGAAGAGAUCGGAAGGGGGUUGGAGGAGGCGAUGAACGAGUUGGCGAGCAAGGGGUUCGGGGUGCAGAUGACGGAUUUGGGGGGUGAGGGGGUCAGAAUUGAUUCAGAUUCAUAGUUGACAGUAUUUGGUCGUGCUCAUUCAUAUUAUGUUGCAAAAUGCUUUUUUUUAUUUAAUUUACUUUUUACACGUAGUAUUAAGAUGUAUUUUAAUUGGCGAGUGGAGAAUUUUUUUUCAUUUCCUAAAUAAAAUCAUUACUC